CACAGUAAACAGGAGUCUUCUUUCAUGCACUCACAUAUUCCUUCCUCUCCUCCAAUCGCACCACGAAGAUAUACCUACACCGCUCAUAUCCGUCAACAUCCUCAAUUCAAUCCAGAUGUGACGCAAACACCAUCCAUUGUCUUUUCCUCUCCUUCGUUACCGCCGCCAAUUCAGCCAGGAAGAGAUCAGGCUUCUCUUGCUCCAGCAUCUCAACACCCGGAUAGGCCAACUUUGUCUCCAAUUGCACGUGCUGGUCGCAUGCUUCAGAACAUUGUUGUGCCCUCAUCACCUAGAAGUAGAUCGCAAAGCUUGGGAAGUCCGUUCAAAAGCCCCGCAGCAGACAGGAGAUCCUCGUCGGUUAUUGCUCAGCCAGCAACUGAAAGUCCAUUACUCGAACGUCGUACUGGGCCACUUCCUAAGCUGGAUCUAAGCUCCCAUUUCUCCGGGAGCUCUUCUCAAUAUCAUCAGCGAAGCACUGUACGCCAGCAUGAGGAUCCCUUCCAAAGCAGUGUCUUGAGACAACAGAGGUCGCCUUCUCCUGAGGAGAGACAACAGUACCGCUUGGGUCUUCCCCAAGAUCGCCGUUAUUCUGAUCCACGACUGUCAGAUCUUCGAUCAGGAGUCGAAUCUGUCCAUAGUGAUAAUGAUAUGAGUUGGCAGGCCGAAGAGGAAAUAUCUGUACCACUUUCGUCGGCAUCAAUGACAAAGGAUGACGCUACUUCUAUGAACACAAACGGUUCAUCCUCAGAACACAGGACCCUUACAUCUGAAGAGAAAUGGUCCGCGGAACGCGCAGAGGUCAUCAAACAAGCCGAGUCUGCUGAUGCUGAUCGAUUGAUAGUCAUUGGUUCCGAUGACGACGGAUUCAAUGAUCAAGAGUUUGAUGAUGAUGAAGGAUUCGGACAACUAUUGGAAACUCUCAAUUCGUCAUCCCCUGCGGCACCAAAAACUCAGGAAGCAUCAAGAGACAUUGCGGAGAAACCCAGACGCAGCAAGAUUCCCAGCCCAUGGAGGAAGAAUAGCAAAUGUCUGGUGUACAGCGAUGAGCUCUCCCAUCUCGCAUCCUCACCUGCUGCAGCAAAGCAGACUUUGCGUGACAAUUCUACGAAAAAAGCCAUACCAGAGCCUGUGACGAUCCGACGUUCUCUACAACCAGAGUUGAGUGACGAUGUGUCUGCUGACUUUUCUGGAUGGCAAAUCCCUCAAAAGUCGAAUUUCAACCCUCGUCCACGAGAGCCCAUCAACGUUGAUCUCUCAGCCCUCCUUUCGGCCUCUCCACCCAAAAGACUCCCAGUACUUCCCAAAGACCGACAGCAGCCAACCGUUCAGAAAACGACCUCGAACAAGGCAUCUUCUAGCGAGCCUCCUUCUCAGGAAAUUGAGCCAACUCAUGAGCGCCGAACUAGCUUUGCUCCGAUUCCACAGAAGAUGGGUUUCAAUCCACGACCUCGUGCAGAUUCCUCAUCCCCUGUAAAACAGCCAUCUCUCGGCCAAAUUCUUUUCGGCAAUACGAGAAGAACCAAUCUUAACACUCCACCAGAGCCUUCAAGUUCAUCAUCAGUUUCCAGACUACUUUCUGCCUCGUCUCCGAGCAGGACCAACACGAUUCCUGCCUGUCGAACUCCAUCUGCGCAGGUCUCGCCACUAAAUAGCGAACGAGAUUCGUCCCUAAUCUCAACAUCGGAAAAAGAAAACCAAGUCACCAAUUCCCGCACCUUGAAAUGGACGGAAUCUCUUCAGCUCCACACAACUCGGACUUUAAUCCAAACUCCUCUGCCACCCCCGAAUCUAUCUCCAACUAAAUCCUGCUUGCGUUCACCAAUGAAGACACCUUCCGGCCCAGGUAGCUCCGAGAAUGUCAGUCCCAGCAAAGCAGUUGCAUUCGUCUCAUCUUCACCCAUGCCAUCUUCACCAACAACGGCUCCCCUCUCUUCAACAACCUGGUCCAAAGACCACUGGAAACUCCUAGACUCCAUCCUCCAACAAUGGAAACCAGAGAACCAGAAUUCCUCCCCACUAUCAGACGGGAGUGGGAGUAAAGAGAAGAGGAGAAGAAAUAGCACAAGGGUCAUUUCUAGGUUGCUUGGUAAGACAGUUUCGAGUCAGGGGGAGAAAUUGAGGUUGGAGCAAUGGCAUUUGGAGGUUGUGGAUGACUUUCGUGGGUAUGUGCCGGGAUGGGAGGAGAAGGCUGUUGCGAUGAGAGUCUUCAGUUUGGUGAUUGGGGAGGAGAAAAGGGCUUUGAGAGCAGCUGCGCAGAGUGCGAUAUUCUAG